CUGAGGGCGGAGGAGCAGCGGGUUCCCCGGGCUCUCUACUUUCUGGACUGCCGGACCGGUGCGGACGUCGCUCACCUCGCCGCCAUGGCGCCGCUGCAGCAGAGAGGAGCCUGCGCCGUCCAGGCUGCGCUGAUCCUCCUCAUCCAUCUGCUGGAGCCCAGCGGGCUGCGCGCCUUCAACCUGGACGCCCGGCAUGCGAUCAGGAAAGACGGGGAGCCGGGCUCUCUCUUCGGCUUCUCCCUCGCCUUGCACCAGCAAGUCAACCCCAAUAAAGUCCUGUUGCUGAUCGGCGCUCCCAGAGCCAGGGCUUUAAAUAAACAAACAUCCAGUGAGACUGGUGGCCUUUUUAAAUGUGAAAUCAAUGAGAUCAAUAACUGUGAGCGUGUUGAAUUCGAUAACGAUGAGGACCCACUUAAGGAGAGUAAAGAGGACCAGUGGAUGGGUGUGUCUGUGCAGAGUCAGGGGCCAGGUGGAAAAGUCGUGACGUGUGCACAUCGAUAUCAAAAGCGUCUGACAGAAUCCCAGUCGGUCCUUGGGCGCUGCUACUUCUUCAGUCAGGAUUUGACCAUCGACUCGACAUCUGAUAUGGACGGGGGUGACUGGAAAACCUGUGAAAACAGGUUCGGAGACACAGAUCAUCUCCAGUAUGGGGUCUGUCAGCAGGGUCUGGGGGUCACCUUCACCAAGGACUACCAUUAUGUGGUGUUUGGAGCCCCAGGAGCCAAAAACUGGCAAGGGCUUGUGCAGGUGACCCAACAAAACAGCACUUUGUUGGAUAUGGAAAUAUAUGAUGAUGGACCAUAUGAGUUUGUGGAACCUGAAAAGACUGUCGUAGAAGCCCACAGCUACCUUGGGUUCUCGCUCGACACGGGGCACCGCAUCAUGAGGAACCGCAACCUGACCGUGGUGGCAGGAGCACCAAGAGCCCAUCACAAGGGAGCUGUAGUCCUGCUGAGCAAAGACUCUGGACAACUCCGGGUGAAGGACCUGCUGGACGGGCCGGGACUAGCGUCCUCAUUUGGAUACGACGUGGCUGUGGUCGACCUGAAUGGUGAUGGAUGGGAGGACAUUGUCGUGGGAGCUCCUCACUUCUACGUGAAGAGCCGAGACGUCGGUGGAGCGGCUUUUGUUUAUAUCAACAGACCUGAAGGGUGGAAUAAGGUCACUCCUAUCCGUCUAAACGGCACCAAAGAUUCGAUGUUUGGAGUGGCGGUGGAAAACAUAGGGGACGUUAAUAAGGACUCAUUUAACGAUAUUGCAGUUGGAGCUCCGCAGGAUGAUGAGGGAGUGGGAAAAGUCUAUAUUUAUCAUGGAUCUGCAGAAGGGAUCAAAACAAGCCCUGCACAGAUCCUUUCAGGCAGAGAGCACAACAUCCGCUUUUUUGGAUAUUCUCUGGCAGGAAACAUGGACCUGGAUGGUAACUCUUAUCCAGACCUGGCUGUGGGAUCUCUGUCAGAUGCAGCUUUAAUUUACAGAGCAAGGACAGUUGUCAACAUCAGGAAAAAUGUUAUAGUAUCUCCCGAGGAAAUUGACCCCAGUAAUGGCUGUAAUAACCGCUUUUGCUUCACUGUGAAAGCUUGCUUCAGCUACACAGCAAAUCCUAAAUCCUACAGCCAGCGGCUCAUAAUCAGCUAUUCCAUAGAGACAGAUGGAGAAAGCAGGAAAAAAGGGCUGAACUCCAGGGUGAUUUUUCUGAACAAAUCUGCUGAAUCGGACACGUGGUUCAACAACACCUUAGAGCUCAGGGGCCAAAAUAGAGAAAGCUGCGUCAGCGUCAAUGUCGGGCUUAAGGAGAAAAUUCAGGACAAGAUGAGCGGCAUUCUCAUCGAGGUUUCUGCAGAAAUUAUCGAAGCGAAAGGCAAGAAGACAGAAAAUGGUCUUCCUCGGCUGAUGCCGGUUUUAGACGCCGCCCAGCCAAGCAGAGCUGUCGCAGAGGUAACCUUUCUCAAGGAGGGAUGUAGAGAUAAAAGGAUUUGCUUUAGCAAUCUGCACAUGAACUACAGUCUGUACUACAAAGAGAUCAGCCAGGAUAUAUUCUCCCCGUUGCCCAAAAGUGCCGACAACGUCCCUGAGUUCGUCAAGAGUUACGAGAAGAGGGACUUGUUUGUGGGGGUGACGGUCACCAAUGAAAACCAAGACGAUGCCUACGAAGCGAAGCUUGUGGGGAAAUUCCCAGACACCCUGUCGUACGCUGGAGUUCGGCCCACAACUAUCAUCUGUACUGCCAACCAAAACGGAUCUGAAGCCGAGUGUAAGCUGGGAAACCCCUUCAAGAGAAACUCAGAGGUCACCUUUUACAUCAUCCUGAGCACCACGGCUAUAACACUCAGCGCCACUGAGAUUGAGAUUGAUCUGCAGCUCCAAACGACCAGUACUCAAAAUAUUUCUCCUGUGAAAGUAAAGAGUAAAGUGAAAAUUGAACUUCCUUUGACAUUGAGCGGGGAAGCCCAACCCAAUCAACUAUCUUUCGGAGGUGUUGUGAAAGCAGAAACUGCAAUGAAGACAGAAGAAGAGGCUGGAAGUUUGAUUAACUUUACUUUUAGGAUAAACAACUUGUGGAAGCCUUUGGCCCAUCCUCUCAAUGCCUCGCUGCACAUUAAGUGGCCCAAAUACAAUAAAGAUGGGAAAUGGCUUCUUUACCUGGUGAAGGUCACAUCUCAUGGACAGGAGAACGUCGUCUGCUUGCCUCAAUCUGAAAUCCACUCGCUCAAAAGCAUUUGGGAGAGUUCUCCAUCACGCGCAAAACGGGACGUGGUCGAGAAAGAAAGGAAACUUGGUGGCCAAAUCGCUUUUCAUUCAAAAUAUAACAUUUUGUCCUGUAGAGGGAAAAACAAAUGUGUGGUGCUACAGUGCCCUCUGCAGGGAAUUGAUGGUACUGCAGUCGAGCUGAGAUCUCGUUUGUGGAACUCCACCUUUAUUGAGGAAUACGCCUCCUUUCCAACCACAGUUUUGGAUGUGGAGGCCUCGCUCGUGCUUACCUCUCAGGCUCAGAACAUAUUCCUGAAGUCUCCUGACUUUACUGUGAAGGUCCUCGUGUCGCCCGACAGCGAGGUGGCUCAGUUCGGAGUUCCCUGGUGGAUCAUUCUGAUGGCGGUUCUGGCCGGGGUCCUGAUUUUGGCCUUGAUGGUGUUUGUGUUAUGGAAGUGCGGAUUCUUCAAGCGCUCCAAACAAGAGGACAGCGUACCUCGCUACCACGCAGUGCGGAUCAAAAAGGAGACCCCAGCUUACGUCGAUGGAAAAGCCGAGUCUGAGGCUUUUGAGAAGAAGCAGUGGAUGACGACGUGGAUCGACAAUUACAGCUGCUAACGAAUGUUUUAUCUCCUGAGGAUUCUGGGUUUGACCCACUGAACUUUCAUUUUUUAUUUUUAAAUUCAGUGUUUUUCAUUCUAAAUUUGGGUUCAAGACAAUCAAUUUACACACUGUAUAAAUGAUGCUGUAUAUAUUUAAAUAUUUCUGCACAUUUUGUAUUUAUUUUUUUAUAUGAAAAUAGCCAUGUAACCAAAGCCUUUUUUGGAGCAAGUUUACUGCUGUUACUGGUGCUGUACUGUGUUU